AUGGCGAAGGUUGCGAAGAAGAAGUUGACUGAUUCGAAUCAAAAAAGAACGCCAAGCGAAUUGAGCAAGACGAGUUUGGCGAGCUCGCGUAGCUCCAAAAACUCGAUGAGUUCAAUGAAUUCUCAAAAAACAAAGUCCAACAAAGUGUCGAAACUGGACAGAAACAAUAGAAAAAGUGAGAAAAAAGAUAGAGGCACUUUCAAAACUAUCUAUAAAGCUUCGGACGAUCAACCGGAAGAAGAAGAGAAAGGAGAGUCCAAUGUGACUUCCUUGAGUAUUGCUUGGUUUCAAGCUGCUAUCAUUAUUUAUCAGGUUAUUUCUAUGGUCAUUCAGUACUUUUGGGGUCGAAAUGAUGAAGUUUGGUUUAUGAUUAUGGAGAUUCUUUUGUUGGAGCUUUUCGCCUCUUUCCAACUUAUUCAAGUGACCCGUCGCCCGUAUAUUGGAACUGCUUGCUUCUUUUUAUCCGUUCAAUAUGUCCUCCUCUUUUUACUUUUUUCAAUGUUCCUCCAUUCCCCGUAUAGCUCCAAAAGUUCAUUCUUGGAGCGUUUCUUUGGAAUGGCAGCUGUCAGUUUGAUGUCUUCUGGACUCCAUUUCUUCAUUGUUACCCAAUCUAUGAGACUCAUUGGCAAUGCCGAAAAGCGGAAUGAUUAUAGUAAAAAAGUGAUUGUGGAAGGUGUUGAAAAAAGAAGAAAGGAUCUGUAUACGAUGAUUAGUGAAUUGAUUUCUGAAAUCUGCUAUGAUGACAAGGACCUAAAAGUUAAUUUGACAAUUCGUGACGAAACCGGUCGUCCUAAAACAAUGCGUGGAGCUGGAGUAGAAGCUGGAGUGAAUCGUGUUCUUGAAAUGAGUACAGAUGGCCGAAGAAUCAAUCUCUCGACUAGUAACACUACUCUCACGCGUAUCAAUGUUCCAAAACACAAGAGUCAUCACAGUUCGAAAAAGAAUCAUAAGAAACAUGGUGAAUCAAAUCAUGAUGCUGCUCCAAUUAUUGACUCAAAAUAUAACAAUUGUACCAAGCAAGAAAAGAUGUUGAGCCCGAGAAAAAUUUUGAAAUAA